AUGAAUGAUGAUGGGUCAAAGCUUGACCAGUUUACUACAGAAGCCGUGGAGGAUAAUGGUAUCGGAGAGGAUCAUCCUUUACAUGAUUUGGUGGAUAGUUUUUCGUCGAGACUCCUUGAUGCCAGAAGUGACAGUACUAUGUUUAAAGAUGACAAGAAGAAACAAUUGGAGGAGGCUAAUCGUGGUGUGAAAAACCAAAGGAAACAGAGACUGACGGACUUGACUGGGGAUACUGGACCCAUUUACAGUACAGAGUUCGACCUUGACAUAGGUGAUACUGACACCCUCAACAACAGUAACUCAAAUAACAUGGGGGAUACUGACCUCCACACAAAUAUAAACAACAGUAACUCAAAUAAUAUGGGGAAUUCUGACCUCCACUCUAAUGCAAAUAACAGUAACUUGAACCUACUUGAAAAAUCUGAAUUGAAAACACUUGAAAUAUCUGAACUGAAUAUACUUGAAAAAUCUGAAUUGAAUAAACCUGAAGUAUCUGAACUGAAUAUACUUGAAAUAUCUGAAUUGAAUAAACUUGAAAUAUCUGAAUUAAAUAAACAUGAACUAUCUGAUUUCAAUCAAAACAGUAACAAAAACUGUGCGAAAGAAUUGAAUCAAAACAGUAACAAUAACUGUGCAAAAGAAUUGAAUCAAAACAAUAACAAUAACCGUACAAAAGAAACUUGUCAAAUACAAACCGAUAUUCUGUCAAAUGAAUCAAACAAUAGUUAUGCAAGAAAAGAUUCUCAUAGUAAUAUCCAAACUGAUCUGUUGCAAGACCAAAAUGAACAAUCUAAAAAUAAUUUAGAAGAAAAAAAAUAUAGAAAAACUAAAGCAGAUACAAAAAAGUCUCAGAGAGAUGAUUCUGAUAUAAGACUGAUAAAGAGACAAAGAGAACUUUCUUCUAAAAGAGAGGCUAGAAAGAACGAAGAUUUAAAAAAAACAGACUUUGCUGCUAAAAGAGAGGCUAGAAAGAAUGAAGAUUUAAAAAAACAGAACUGGAUGCUAAAAGAGAGGCUAGAAAGAAUGAAGAUUUCCAAAAAAUGGAACUUGCUGCUAAAAGAGAGGCUAGAAAGAAUAAAGAUUUCAAUAAAAGAGAACUUGCUGCUAAAAGAAAAGUUAGAAAGGAUGGAAAUUAUAGAAGGGCUGAAGCAGAAAGUAAGAAGUCUCAAAGAGAUAAGACAGAUGGAAAGACAGAUGGAAAGUCAAAGAGAACUUGCUUCUAAAAGAGAGGCUAGAAAGGAUAAAAAUUACGGAAGGGCUGAAGCAGAAAGUAAGAAGUCUCAAAGAGAUAAUUCUGAUAUAAGAAAGAUGGAAAGACAAAGAGAAAGAAUGAAGAUUUCAAAAGAAACGAAACAGAAAAGAAAAAAAAUUGCCAGACAGAUGAAGACUACAGAAAACAUGAGUCUGAACGAGACUUCCACAGAAAAAAGAAUAUAG